GGAGCCGCGGCGGAGGCCCCCCCGAAGGGCGGGGCACGGAGUUUGAAGGGGGCGGGGCCUAACCUCAGAGAGGGGAGGGAAGAGGCGGGAGGAGGAGGUGAGAGAGGCCGGGGGCGGGGCCGCGCGGCCAGGGACCUGUUGAUCGCAGGUAUAGCCGGCUGGCCCGGGCUCCCUCGGGACAGGGGCGACUGCGCAUGCUCGCUGGCCGCGCUGGGCCAGUAGCCGAGCGGCGGUGACGAACCCGCUCCUCGGUUGCGGUGUUUGCGGUUGCUGCGAUGGCGAUGUGAAGGGGCCCGGGGCGGGAUGGUGCUGACCCGGGUAGGACCGGAUUCUUCCAGCUGGACAACGAGCUCCUCCGUCCGACGGUCGGGGGAAGAGGCCGAGUCGGGCGAGAGGGUUGAAGAUCAACUGGAUUAUGCAUUUCGUUCUGGAAUCUCAAAGCAGUCCACAAAGAGUAAAUUCUUCCUUACGUUGUCUAUGUCAGGGGGAACGAUAUAUUUUUAACAAGAAUCAGUAACUGGAAGUACAAGAUUGGUUAUUUAAUAAUGUUAAAAUGAAAUUUUGAUCAGCACAGGUGCUGUUACCAGAUCUGUCUUCUGGGUAUAAAGUAAAAAUGACUGAAGUUCAAGCAAUGGUGGAAUUCUCUGUAGAGCUAAACAAGUUCUACAAUGUGGAUUUAUUUCAGAGAGGUUUUUAUCAGAUUCGUGCAUCUAUGAAAAUUCCACCAAGAAUUCCCCACAGAGUAGAAGCUAGUUUGUUACAUGCAACAACAGGUAUGACUUUAGCCUUUCCAGCAUCAGUUCAUGAUUCUCUGAUUUGCAGUAAAACAUUUCAAAUUCUGUACAAAAAUGAAGAGGUUGUUUUAAAUGAUGUCAUGAUUUUCAAAGUUAAAAUGUUGUUGGAUGAAAAAAAGAUUGAAGAAACCCUUGAAGAAAUGAAUUUCCUAUUGUCCUUGGAUCUACACUUCACAGAUGGAGAUUAUUCGACAGAUGAUCUGAAUGCCUUGCAACUAAUAAGUAGCCGUACAUUGAAGCUGCACUUUAGCCCCCACAGAGGCCUCCAUCAUCAUGUUAAUGUUAUGUUUGAUUAUUUCCACCUUUCUGUUGUGUCUGUUACUGUCCAUGCGUCACUGGUUGCACUACACCAGCCACUAAUAAGCAACUUUUGCCUCAGACUAUUAGGAGAAAGGGGCAGCUCAUCUCCUAGAGGCCGUUUACUGGAAGAAGACAUUUUUGGCUCAGAAUCAGAAGCCAAGAGGAUUAACUGUUGGCUCUGCUUUCCUCGCCCUGUGAAGACUACUUGGUUAAAUAGAAAUGCACCAGCACAAAACAAAGAUUCUGUGAUUCCUACACUUGAAAGUGUGGUCUUUGGUAUUAACUACACAAAACAGUUAUCACCAGAUGGUUGCAGCUUCAUCAUUGCAGACUCCUUCCUACAUCAUGCCUAUCGUUUUCAUUAUACACUUUGUGCCACUUUGCUGCUAGCCUUCAAGGGAUUGCACAGCUACUUCAUUACGGUAACAGAAGAGAUUCCCUCUUGUCAGAAACUAGAACUGGCCAAGGCCAACAUGCAGGUCCUAUAUGAGCGUCUUCUCAGAAGAAAACAGCCACGAACCCAGAAAGACACCUGUCUAGAGGAAAUGGAUGUAGAAGCUCGGCUUACUGAACUAUGUGAAGAAGUUAAGAAAAUAGAAAAUCCUGAUGAACUGGCAGAACUUAUAAAUAUGAAUCUUGCACAACUUUGCUCACUUCUGAUGGCUUUAUGGGGACAGUUUCUGGAAGUUAUAACACUACAUGAAGAACUAAGAUUACUAUUAGCACAAGAGCAUCAUACUUUGAGGGUACGCAGAUUUUCUGAGGCAUUCUUCUGUUUUGAACAUCCAAGAAAAGCUGCCAUUGCAUACCAGGAACUUCAUGCUCAGAGUCAUCUACAGAUGUGCACCGCUAUCAAAAAUACUUCCUUCUGCAGUUCUCUUCCACCCCUACCUAUUGAAUGUAGUGAAUUAGAUGGAGAUCUCAAUUCAUUACCUAUAAUCUUUGAAGAUAGGUAUUUAGAUUCAGUUAUUGAUGACUUAGAUGCACCCUGGAUGGGAAUUCAGAAUCUUCAGGGAUCAGAGUCCAGUAAAAUGGAUAAAUGUGAAACUGAAGAAAGCUCUAUAGCAGGAGUUUCUAGCCCAGAAUUGAAAGUCAGACCUGCUGGUGCCUCCAAUAUUUGGUAUACAGAAGGUGAAAAGCAGCUAACAAAAUCUCUAAAAGGAAAGAAUGAAGAAACAAAUAAAUCCAAGGUUAAGGUUACUAAGCUUAUGAAAACAAUGAAACCUGAAAACACAAAAAAAUUAAUAAAACAGAACUCUAAGGAUUCUGUGGUUUUGGUAGGCUACAAAUGUUUGAAAAAUACAGCAUCAAAUGAUCUCACUAAAUGCUUUGAAGGCAAUCUUUCACCUAGUCAGAAGGAAGGUCUGGAUCCCACAAUAUGUGGAUAUAAUUUUGACCCAAAGACCUACAUGAGACAGACAAGUCAAAAGGAAGCUAGCUAUUUGCCAACUAAUACAGAGAGAACUGAACAAAAGUCUCCAGAUAUUGAAAAUAUGCAACCAGACCAGUUUGAUCCUUUGAACUCUGGCAACCUAAAUCUUUGUGCAAAUUUGUCCAUUUCAGGUAAACUUGAUAUCUCCCAGGACGAUAGUGAAAUUACACAAAUGGAACACAAUCUGGCAUCCAGAAGUUCAUCAGACGAUUGCCAUGAUCAUCAAACAACCCCAGCUUUGGAAUUUAGAACAACUGAAGUAAAGCCCAGUAAUACAGAUCCUUUCAGUGGAGAGAAAAUAACUGUUAAAAUGGGACCUUGGACAGAGCUUCGACAAGAUGAAAUAUUUGUGGAUAAUUUACUACCCAACUUUGAGUCCUUAGAAUCUAAUGGUAAAUCUAAAUCUAUAGAAGUAACACUUGAAAAGGAAGCUUUACAAGAAGCAAAGUGUCAUUCUGUUGGAGAAUCAUUAGCUAAAUUAAGAAGUAAUCUACCUGCUACUUCUACAAAAGAGUAUCAUGUUGUUGUAAGUGGAGAUACAAUUAAGUUACCAGAUAUUAAUGCCACAUAUGCUUCAUCUAGAUUUUCAGAUUCAGGUGUUGAAAGUGAACCAAGUUCUUUUGCAACACAUCCAAACCCUGACAUAGUCUUUGAAACUGUGCAAGGGCAAGGUCCUUACAAUAAUGAAAGAUUGUUUCCUCAGCUUUUGAUGAAACCUGAUUAUAAUGUAAAAUUUUCAUUGGGGAGUCAUUGCACUGAAAGUACAAGUGCGUUAAGUGAAAUACAGUCAUCUUUGACAUCCAUAAACUCUCUACCUUCUGAUGAUGAACUGUCACCUGAUGAAAAUUCUAAGAAAUCUAUUCUACCUGAAUGCCAUCUAAGCGAUAGCAAAACUGUAUUAAAUCUAGGAACAAUUGAUUUGUCAAAAUGUGAGGAUACUAAAAAGUCAAGUAUUAUUUUGCAACAGCAGAGCGUUAUAUUUUCAGGGCAUUUGGACAAUGAAAGUUUAGCAAUACAUUCCUUAAAUUCAAGCACUAAAGACUCUUUACAAUUUGUUUUUUCAGAUGAAGAUACUUCCAGUGAUGUGAAAAGUAGUUGCAGCUCCAAACCUAACUUGGACACUGUGUGUACAGGCUCCCAGAGUCCUGAUAAAUCUAAUAACUCUGCAGGGACAGGAAUUACAUUAAAUUCAAAACUGAUUUGUUUAGGCACUCCCUGUGUUGUUUCAGGUUCCAUUUCUACUAAUGCAGAAAUUAGUGAAGAUAGAACUGUGAAAAGAAAAAAUAGUGAUGCAUUAAAUCUCAAACAAAUAUAUUCAGAAGCCCCUACAAUUGAAAGUGAAACUCAUCUGGAUACAAGUGACCCUUUUUCAGCCAGUACUGAUAUAGUAAAGCAAGGGCUUGUGGAAAAUUAUUUUGGUUCUCAAAGCAGUAUGAAUAUUUCUGGCACAUGUGCUAUUAGCUACAAUAAUUCAGUUAGCCCUCAGAAGGAAACUUCUGAAAAAGAAAUCAGUAAUCUUCAGCAGGAACAGGGUAAAGAGGAUGAGGAGGAAGAGCAGGAUCAAAAAAUGGUUCAAAAUGGGUAUUAUGAAGAAACAGAUUAUUCAGCUUUGGAUGGAACAAUAAAUGCUCACUAUACAAGCAGAAGUACACUAGCAGAAGAAAGACUUAUAAAGUCUGAAAAAAUAAAUAGUGACUAUCUGAGUGAUGUUAUAAAUAUGCCUACUGUCUGUACUUCUGGUUGUUUGUCUUUCCCAUCUGCACCACGAGAGUCUCCUUGUAGUGUUAAAUGUUCUUCUAGAAGUAAAUUUGAUGCCAUUACAAAACAGCCAAGCAGUACUUCUUACAACGUCACUUCUUCAGUUUCCUGGUAUGAAAAUUCACCAAGACCUCAGAUACAAGCUUUCCUUCAGGCAAAAGAAGAAUUGAAGCAACUUAAACUUCCUGGGUUCAUGUACAGUGAUGUUCCUCUGCUGGCAUCCUCAGUACCUUAUUUUAGCAUGGAAGAAGAGGAUUGUUCUGAAGAUGGAGUACAUCUCAUUGUCUGUGUGCAUGGUUUAGACGGUAACAGUGCAGAUCUCCGAUUAGUAAAAACUUAUAUUGAACUUGGACUGCCUGGGGGAAGAAUUGAUUUUCUUAUGUCUGAGAGAAAUCAGAAUGAUACUUUUGCUGACUUCGAUAGCAUGACUGAUCGUCUUUUGGAUGAGAUAAUACAAUAUAUUCAAAUAUAUAGUUUAACAGUUUCAAAAAUAAGCUUUAUUGGACAUUCAUUGGGCAAUUUAAUAAUCCGUUCAGUGCUUACAAGGCCAAGGUUUAAAUAUUACCUCAACAAGCUUCAUACCUUUCUAUCUCUUUCUGGACCUCACCUUGGUACACUCUACAAUAGCAGUGCUCUUGUUAAUACAGGUCUCUGGUUUAUGCAGAAAUGGAAAAAAUCAGGUUCGCUUUUGCAACUGACAUGUCGAGAUCACUCAGACCCUCGCCAAACUUUUUUAUAUAAGCUUAGUAAUAAAGCAGGGCUUCAUUAUUUCAAAAAUGUUGUGCUGGUGGGAUCUCUACAGGAUCGCUAUGUUCCUUAUCACUCUGCCCGUAUUGAAAUGUGUAAAACUGCUUUAAAGGACAAACAGUCAGGACAGAUCUAUUCAGAAAUGAUCCACAACUUGCUUCGCCCAGUUCUGCAAAGCAAGGACUGUAAUUUGAUUCGAUACAAUGUCAUCAAUGCAUUGCCCAAUACAGCCGAUUCACUCAUUGGGAGAGCUGCACAUAUAGCUGUUCUUGAUUCGGAAAUAUUUUUAGAGAAAUUCUUUCUGGUUGCUGCCCUCAAGUAUUUCCAAUAGGAUGAAAGCAUUAUUAGAGACUGGACAAUUACCUCAUUCAACAGUGAUUCAAAUAAUGUAUUAUAUUAAAAUGUAGAUGCUGAUAAGUUCUAAGAAAUAUUUAUACCUUUUAUAUGGAAGAUGAUUUAUAUCAUCCAUAUUUAGAGCUUUUUAAACAUCAACUUUACUUUCUAGGUAAUGUGGCUGUGCAAUAUUUUUUUAAUUUUAUCUUUUUACUUUUCUAUUACUUUUUCAUAUAUUUUGCUACCUAAUUAUUUCAGUGAAACUUUAAGCCCAUAUGUAUGUCUGAUUGGUUAUUAUUGGCUUUCCACAAUCUUUACAUCAGACUACAUUAUAUUAAAGGCCAUUAUUGCUAGAAUAGCAUGGAAUUUUAAAUUUUCUAGUAUUGGGGUAUUAUUUAGUUAAUUAUAAAUUUUACUUUUAACAUUUUACUGUGUUUUAACUGGAAAUAAAAUUAUGGCUGCUACAGUAUAUUUUUUGAAAUCAACUUCUUUAGUCCUGAAAUAUACCUUUAUCAUAUUAUCAAACCAGGCAGUUCAUAUAUGACAAUGUUAUAAAAGUUUUCUAUAAAAUCAUUACUGUUGCUAUUAAACAUAUGUCAUGCCUAUUAAAAUAUAUUUUCUACUGGUGAUUUCAACAUUAUUUCUCAUAUUGACUUUUAUUACUGGAAAUUUUCAUGUUCACGUUAGCAGCAUAUAAAGAUUUUUGAAUGUUCGAAUGCCCUCUGCCUUGAUUUGGUUGGAAUCUUGCUAAAUUGGUAAUGUUGCUUAAACUUUGUGACUACAUUUCUUUAACUUUUUUCAUGGACUUCCUUAUAUGUACAUAAUAAUUAAAUGUUAAAAUUUAUGAAAUACUUUUAUGAAUUUAAAUAAUUUUUAAAUAUUGUUAAAAAUUUUUGAACUAAAAAGUAAUGUAAAUAAAAUAAUUCAUAUUUAAAAUGCAACAAAAUAAUUAAAUUUACAUGUCUAAUGAUACGGAUGCAAAUGUUUUUGAUAUAUGGAGAUGCUGAGUCUUUUGACUUUACUAAAAAGGUGCUGAAUAGCAUUAAAUUCACUAUUUUCCUUUUCUGUUUUACUUGCGAAAAUAAUGCACUAAGGGUGGAUAGAAGUUCUGUUUGCAUUCACCAAUUGUGAUGGACAGGUUUUUUGUAAGUAUAUAUUGUAUAAUUGAUGCAUGUUUAUUUUUAGCGUUGUAUUAUUGCCCCUGGUGUUAAUAAAUGAACAAAUGACUAUCUGGAGGAAGAGCUAAAA